CAGCAUCAAUUCUCGAUAACCAUCUUGAUCGAUCCAUCUCAACCAAUCCAUUGUUGAUCAUGAGGUCGACGUGGUUGGCGUUUGCAUUGGCGGCGCUCGUCGUCGCGUCGGUGGCACACGCCUCGCCGCCGCCGAAACUUGAGGUCGGGUUCUACAAGCACACGUGCCCGCAGGCGGAGGAGAUCGUGCGCGACGCCGUCCGCCGCGCCGUCGGCCGGGACCGUGGCCUCGGCGCAGGCCUCAUCCGCAUGCACUUCCACGACUGCUUCGUCCGGGGCUGCGACGGCUCCAUCCUCAUCAACUCCACCCCUGGGCACGAGGCGGAGAAGGACUCGCCGGCGAACAAACCCAGCAUGCGUGGCUUCGACGUCAUUGACGACGCCAAGGCCGCCCUCGAGGCGCACUGCCCACGAACCGUCUCCUGCGCGGACGUCGUCGCCUUCGCGGCGCGCGACGGGGCCUUCCUCGUCGGCGGCAUCGACUACAAAGUCCCCUCGGGACGCCGCGACGGCCGCGUCUCCAACGCCAACGAGGUGCUCACCAACAACGUCCCGUCACCGACCGACCGCGUCCGCCAGCUCGUCGAGAGCUUCAAGCGCAAGGGCCUCUCCGCCGACGACAUGGUCACGCUCUCCGGCGCGCACACCGUCGGCCGCUCCCACUGCUCCUCCUUCACGCAGCGGCUCUACAACUUCAGCGGCCAGGUCGGCAGGACGGACCCAUCCAUCGAAGCCGGUUACGCGGCGCACCUCAAGAUGCGGUGCCCAUGGCCGUCCAGCGACGACCAGAUGGACCCCACGGUGGUGCCGCUCGACCCAGUGACACCCGCGAGCUUCGACAACCAGUACUUCAAGAACGUUCUCGCGCACAAGGUCCUGCUCACCUCCGACCAGACGCUGCUUGACAGCCCGUGGACUGCCGGGGUCGUCAAGUUCCACGCCACCGUCGAGAAGGCGUGGCAGGUCAAGUUCGCGGCGGCCAUGGUCAAGAUGGGCAAAAUCGAGGUGCUCACCGGCCACGAGGGGGAGAUCAGGGAGAAGUGCAACGUCGUGAACCACUACUAGCAUAGCUAUUAUUGGAUUUAAUCUUAUUGUUCAAGUAUUCAUCAUACGUAAACGAGUCUAAGUAGUGGGCUGAGUCCAAAUUAGCUAUCGUGUUGCAUGGCGUAGAGAGUUGAUUAGUGGUCAAUGAAGCAUGGAGAGCGUGUGCGUAGUCGGAGUCGAGUACACGUACUAAUGUGUGCACGUUAAGAUAUAGCUGCAUGUAUUAGGAAGUGAGUCAUUUCGACUAUUUAGCAUUGAGUCUGUACUGCAUAUCAAAUAAGAGAAAUAGGGAGGAAAAAGGCACUGGUGUGCCGUGCCACAAAA